CGCCCGGCCGGGCUCGGUGCUCGCGGGGAGAGGGGCGUGGGAACGGUGAGUCUCCAGGCCGUGCACGUCCAGUUGCGGAGUUACGGGUCCCCCAAAGGCAGGGCAAGGGGGUUGGUAUCUGCCGGACCGCUUCCGGCAGAGAAGGGCCUGGGGAGUCGGUAUUACGAACGGAUACUUCCGCUAGGAGGGUGCGCGCGGGAGGGGGUCGGGGACCGACGUCCGGGUUGGACCUUUCCGGCGCUGGAGUGAGGAUGGCGGCGGAGAAUCACUGCGAGUUCCCGGUUCCCUCCAUGGGCGUCCUUGGCCUAGCGGGGACAGGCGGGCUCUGCCGCCGCUGUAGCUCGGGGGCCUCCCCUAGUGCGGUCCUAGGUAAAUGGGUCCGGCUGAACGUGGGGGGCACCUGCUUCCUCACCACCCGGCAGACGCUCUGCAGGGACCCCAAGUCCUUCCUCUUCCGCCUCUGCCAAGCCGACCCCGAUCUGGACUCGGACAAGGAUGAAACAGGUGCCUAUUUAAUAGACAGAGACCCAACCUACUUUGGGCCAGUGCUGAACUAUCUCAGACAUGGAAAACUCGUUAUUAACAAGGACCUAGCAGAGGAAGGUGUACUAGAAGAAGCUGAAUUCUACAACAUCACAUCACUAAUAAAAUUGGUAAAGGACAAAAUAAGAGAGAGAGACAGCAAAAUCUCACAGGUGCCAGUCAAGCACGUGUACAGGGUGCUGCAGUGUCAAGAGGAGGAGCUCACUCAAAUGGUCUCCACUAUGUCCGAUGGCUGGAAAUUUGAACAGUUGGUCAGUAUUGGUUCUUCCUAUAACUAUGGAAAUGAAGAUCAGGCUGAAUUUCUAUGUGUUGUCUCGAAGGAGCUACAUAAUACCCCCUACGGCACAACCAGCGAGCCCAGUGAAAAAGCAAAGAUUUUGCAAGAGCGAGGUUCCAGGAUGUGAAGAACACAUUGAACAUUGAAGAAUAUUUCUUUUAUUCCAAGAUGCAGUGAAUUGUCACAUUGAAGAGGCUUGGCUGUGAGAGGAAGAAAUCUGCUUUAGAUAAUUUUCUAUUGAUCUGGGUUGAACCAUUUUUGCCUAUAAGCUGGUAUAGACUGAAUUUGCUGGCUGAAAACAUCACAAGAUUAUUGAAUGGGAAUAGAUGAUGUGAGAGAGUGUGUUAAUCUUGGUUCUAGUGCACGGUUGUAGUCUCUCAUGGGCUGAAUUAUAUUGGUCACAUAGAAAGAAACAAUCAUACACUCAUAUUUUCCUCUGAGACAUGUAGCACUUACUCAUGGUGCUGGAUGAUCCAAUGUUGAUCAGUUUGAAAUGAUUUUGGUAUUAAUAAUUGCAAACAGUUAAAGGACACUGUAUUUGGUGCUACAUAUAUAUUACAGCCCAUAAAUGCAAAUAUUUGGGUCUACGUGCUUGGUUUUUGAAUCAAUGGCAGCGCCAGUUUACUGUCUUAUACUGCACAUUCCUUAUGGCUCAGUGACACAUUUUCUAUUAGGUAAGAAUGGUGUAGGAGAUCAAGUGAAACUACCUUGUUAAAAGUUACACCCCAGACAAAAGAUUCACAUAAAGAAUGGGUGUAAAAUACUAACUGGGAUGAUGGCUUAUUUUAAUAGUCAAAGGGAAUACUAAACUUGGAGAUAAUGUCUUUUGUCUGAAUCAUCUCUGAUGUUUCUCCUAUCAAAAUAACUUCCUCCUGGAAAAGAUAAGCUCCAGUCUUAGCCAAAUGUUUGAAAGGAAAAUCAAAAUUUCUUAAAUUAUUGUCACAACUGAACAUCUUGUCUCUUUUGAAAUGUUUGUUGUUAACCAAAUGUUUAGUUGUACAUUUUAGAAAUGCCUACAAGUGUCAAGCUACUCUUGGAUUUUGUUGGGUAUUUUUACGAGCUGGAGUUUGUGUAGCUACAUGGCUGGAUAGUGUUAGAUUCUGAUCUCAGUGAAUGGGUUUAAAGUUACCCUAAGAGCGAACACAAACUCACCAAAUUAGAAAUCUGAAUUAAUUGCUUUGAAUUUUCACGAUGUUUACAGUCCAUCUCUCUACAUUUUCAGCUAUGCAGUUCUUUAUGAUGUUUAUAAGAAUGCUGCCUGAAAACAUUUUCACACAACUGUAUUAGGACAGGCUUGUGGUAAAUGUUAACACACGAGACUGGAGCUUUUUAGUGCAUUGUGUUUUAAACAAAACCGGUAGAGUGACUUUUUUUUGAAACAGAUGUAACUAAAUUGAUUGCGUAAAACGCUCAAUUCUUGCAGCUUCAUUGGCUUGCAUAGCUCUAGGUGGAGCAGUAGAUGGGAGUUUAAACAGGAUUAUCCAAGAUGGUCUGGAAUUCUAAAAGCCUUUUAAACUGUUUCAUUAAAUAACUUCAGAAUUUUUGCAUAUACCAUAUCCUCUACCAGUAAAAUGUGUAAUCCUCCACAUGAAAACCAGUUUCUCAAGCAUCUUGGGUCUAUCUGUAUUUUUUAAGACUUAUUGUACAAUGAUAAGUUUGGCAUAAACAGUUUGUAAAACCAUUUCUACAAAGCAGGUUAUGCAGUGGGCUAAACGUUUUGUCCGUGCAUCUACUGCUUGAAAGGGUUUGUAAAGCAUUUUGCCACUUGGAUGCGGUCUGCUGGCACCUCCACAAUACCACGUUCAUAUGUUUCUUUUUUUAAGAUGUUAGGACCUAACUGAAUUUACUAAAAUGUAAUUAUUCUGUAGGGGAAAAUGUUUAUACUUUUAUACUUUUUUUUUUAAGGCAUCCAUAUUUUAUCAGCCUGAAGUUAAUGCCUAAAUUUCCUCUAAAUAGUAGCAGAUAAUCUUGUGUAUCUAAAGAUAAGCAUAGCAGUUGUUUGUCUUAAAAUGAAUUCUAUAGCAUUUCCUCUUCUGAAAAAGUCACUGUGUUUAAGCAUCUUGACACGACCCAUGUUCUUCAGGUUCUGUGGCUCAUGGAAUUGUGGCCUUUAAGGCUUCCUAUUUUCCUGCUGUGCUCUACAGAGUAAAUUCAGCAUUGGAUUAAAUGGCUUUUAAUGCCUUAUAAUAAUGUAUAUUGAUAUCAUUCCAAAAUCUGCAUUUUUGUGUGUUGUCUUCUGUUGUUAAACAAAAGAAGGCAGAAGACUGGAUUUUCAUAAACUACCUGAGAUCCUUAAGGAUUGCAGAAGCAAAACAUGAGUAAGAAACUGAGCAAAUUGAAACAAUUUGGAGGAUACAUAUGAAAAGGACCACUUUUAGAGAGUGGCAUUUUCACUGGAAUACUUUAUGGUUUAAUAAAUUUGCUUUUUAUUUUUUUUGGUGGGAUUAUCUGCACCCUGGUUUACAUUGUCCCUUGUAGUAGCAAAAAUGAUUUUGGGGAAGUGUUUGAAUCAUUAACAUUUUGCACUUACUCUGUCUCAUACCUCACAGAGCUAUUGUCUCUCACUUCAGCAAAAAAAAAAAAAAAAAAAAAAUUAGGCUAAUAUCUGGUAAAUGAUUUUGCAAGCUGCUGUAACAGACUUUGUCAACUAAUCUUCUGUUCUUGCUGUUACCCUUAUUAAUUUCAUAUUUCUUUAACAUCUGAGACAUUCACUUAGGUGCAUGUACAGUAGAACCUCAGAGUUAAGAAAACCUUGGGAAUGGAGGUUGUUCAUAACUCUGAAAUGUUCGAACUCUGAACAAAACAUAAUGGUUGUUCUUUCAGAAGUUUACAACUGAACAUUGACUUAAUACAGCUUUGAAACUUUACUAUGCAGAAGAAAAAUGCUACUUUUAUCCAUCUUAAUUUAAAUGAAACAAGCACAGAGACAGUAUCUUUACCUUGUCAAAUCUUUUUUAAACCUUCCCUUUAUUUUUUUAAUAGUUUACAUUUAACACUGUACUGUCUUGUUUUUGCUUUGUUUUUUGUCUCUGCUGUUGCCUGAUUGCAUGCUUCCAUUCCAAAUGUGGAGUGUGGUUGACAGAUCAGUUUGUAACUCUGGUGUUCAUAACUCUGAGGUUCUACUGUACUAUCAAAUUCUUUUCCUAAAGCCCCAGGAGUUUCCCUCUACUAAAAUUUGGGGGUUUUUUUGUAUUGAAAUCUGGUAACUUAGAAUAAGGUUAGCUACACUAGCAAGAGGUAGACAGGAUGGUCAGGUCAGACUCUUUGACUUAGUAAGCUACUUUAUCAAUAGAUGAAAACAGUAUUACAGCCUAAGAUUUUAAAUCAUGAGCAUGGGUAGGUUAUAGCAGAAGAGAAUGAGGGUACACUAGAUCAAGGCAGACAAACAAUUAAAGUGGUUUUUAUACAAGAGAUAAUUUGUCUUGAGUCAGUUAUUACAGUUUUGUGAAACAGUCUGGUGUUUGGGGGCACAGCUUCCUGAGGAGUGGGGGAGAAUGUUAGUAAGGGUAUGUAUUCACUAGCAACGUUAAAGCGCUGCCGCGGUAUCGCUUUAACAUGGCUGUGUAGUUGCAGCACCAGUGAGGGGAAUAGCUCCCAGCACUGGUGCACUAUCUACACUGCCACUUUACAGCGCUGAAACUUACAGCGCUCGGGAGGAGUUUUUUCAAACCCCUGAGCAAGAAAGUUGGAGCGCUGUAAAAUGGCAUUGUAGACGAGGCCUACGAGAUGGGCCUUUUCCUGCAAGUAGAAACCAAACAAAAGAGCCAGCAAGUAGAAACCCAACAAAAGAGCCAUUCAUGGAGGUGGGGUCGAGAGAAUCUCUUUGAUUUUCAUUUGCACCUAUUUGAUUUACUCCCUCCAUAUCAAACCUUCCCCUUCCCAGGAGACGUGAAUGCAGCUCUUUCAAAUUACUGCUGUUCUUCAGUCCGCCCUUGCAUAUGGGGUCUUAGGAAAGAGGGUUUCUUUUCUUGAGCAGCAUCCCGGUUGGCUCAAGAGCCUGGGACUAGAACUGCUGAUGAGCAGCAGCUGAAAGUGUCCGAUUGCUUAGCAAAAAGCAAUUUUGAAAUAUGUAAGUCCCAAAGUUGCUCCCUGUUUGUUUUUGUGUAUUUUAUAUUGCAUCUGUUUCCUGCUUUAGGGACCAUCUCAGGAUCCCGGUUAGAUCUAUGUGUGUAAAAUAGGGGACUAAGGAACAGAGAGAAUCCCAUCAGUAUUCACUUAAAUGUGCAGGAGACUCUUCAAACUCCCUUGGAAGGUAACUGGUAGUAUCUUGUGGCUCACCGCAAAAGGCAACUGUCUUUAAAGGUUUAUUGCCAAAUAGAUGCUUUAAAGGGCUAAAUCUUCCACACUUUAUUGUUCAGUUUGCCUAAGGUAACUAUCCCAGACAGAAAACAUGUCUGAAUUCAAAGCAUUGAGAAUUCCAAGGGCUAAUACACCUCCCAGGGCUAAUUUGAAGUUCCAGUUAAACGUGCAUAAAUGUUUUUAAAGACCAGCUAUUGCAUUUUUCUUGUGUCUUGCAAACUCUGAACAUCCAUAUUUGAAACAUUAUGAGCCAAUCACAAAUAGCAGAUCUUUGAUUUUUGUUACACUCCAGCCUCCAUCUUGGUAGGACAGCAAGUACAGAAGACAGUACAAUUGUCUGUCACUCUCUUGUGUAAAUAUUGAAACCUAACAGCUUCUGUUAAUAGAACUGGGAAUAAGGAGACUUUGGGAACGUUCUCCUUCCUCAGGAAAUAGUCGUAGGUUAUUCCAUUGCAAAUUAGCUUCCUUUUACUUUAGCCAAGUCUAACAAGGAAUACACUCUUCUAAAACUCAGCUAGUAACACUGUUGCAAAUGCAGCUGUCAGUGAAUAUUCAAAGGGCUCUUAUUAGGAUAUUAGUGAUAGUUACAUUGACUGCAAUGGAGAGAGAGAGAUCUACAUUAUAGUGUAGAAAGCUACCUUAUUACUUCUGGGUGAUGUCACGCUUUUACUGUAACACUUCUAUAAACAGUAUUCUCCCUCAGAAGUUAAAGGACUAAAGGCUAUUGAUCUUAAAUUUUGACCCACCUUAACAAUGGUCUCAUCUCCAAGGUUUAGCCUUCUGGAAUCUAGUGGCUGAUGUAUUUGUGUGCCUGGCUCAUGCUCCAUUUGCAGAUUUUUUUUUUUUCCAAAAGCUUAUGCGCACUUAACCGAAAGUAAACUUGGCCCACGUGUGUUUGCUAGGAAAGAGCAAAUGCCUAUGCACUAUAGGCCAAAUAGUGCCAACCUCACUACUAGGAACUGAAUCAAGACCACAGAACCAUUUUCUUUAUCACUGAACAGAUAUCAGAGGGCAACUACUUUCAGCCACUGCUGACUUGAGCCCGAUUUGAACCUAGGUUUGAAAAUCUUCAUUUCCAAUGGGCUGUCCAGGUCUCCUUUACCCAAUUCACCAGUUUUAUUGGUGGUCUGACAGUAAGUUGUGCAUCAGCUGUUUGUGUUAGGGCCCAGGAGGACAUACUUGCAAUGUUUUAUUUCCUGGAUAGUGGAUUAGCAAUAACAGUUUCCUUUUGUGCCAGUUCAUUAUCUCUGAAGUGUUCUUAUUGCAGCAAAGUUUGAAUUCUGACAUGGCUUUAAUGCUUUUGCAUGAGCCAAGAUGAUUAGCAUAGAAAUUGACAUGGAGCUGAAUCCAGAAAGUUCCCUGGGUAAACUUCUAGUAGGGCUUCCCAACUUGUUUUAAGGUAGAUUUAGUUACCCAUAAUUUUUUGAACAAAUAUACAACUAAAACGUGAAUGGGUAUUUUUAACCUCCUUUUCGUAAUACUAGUUUAUGUAAAAUGCAUGAAAUAAACCUGUUUUUCUCUUUUAA